CGCUGCCCGUCUGUCUACUCUGUUGCUGUUAUAGGCCUCAUGUGUGCAUUGACCUUAAGCAGGACACAGCACGGAUCCCUUGCAAGUUGAUUUUUUUUUUGUUAACGCGCUCAAUAAGUUCCGACAUUCGUUCAGUGUUGGGCUGAUGUUUGACGUCGAAGAAAGUUGGCAAAUCUCGUCGUCCUCUUUUAAGAGUUUUCUCGACAUCUCGAACGAUCACGGACAUCAGGUUAGACAGACAUCAAUGGGGAUUGGUGGCGGUUCGAUUGGCUGGGGACAAAAGUUGUCCUUCGGCACCGGUCAUGUACUUAACGACCUGUGCGCCAGUGUCUGGUUCAGCUACCUUCUCGUCUAUCUACAGUACGUUCUACUGAUUCCCAGUGGACUGUCCGGCAUCAUUUUGCUGAUUGGUCAAGUCGCCGAUGCCAUUGCAACUCCUUUGGUGGGAAUCUUAUCCGAUCACGGCCAAUGCUGCUGCAUUGGUGGACAAAACCUGUGCAAUUAUGGCAAACGAAAGAUAUGGCAUCUCAUCGGCUCGAUUUGCGUGAUCGUCUCCUUUCCGCUCAUGUUCGUCGGCUGCAUGGGCCUUUGUGAAUCGUCCAACGGUAUCGGUUACUUGGUCAUUCUCAUUGCUCUCGUUUGUGUUUUCCAAUUCGGUUGGGCCUCUGCUCAAAUUUCCCACUUGGCCAUGAUUCCCGAACUGACGCAUGUUGAAGCCGAGCGUGAUGAACUCAACAUCAUCAGGUUUUCAUUCGAUAUCAUCACCGAUAUUUUAGUCUAUGCCAUCGCGCUUCUCAUCUUCGCGCAAAGUAGCCACAGUUUAUCUCAAGUCACCGCCGAAAACGGCGUAGACUUUAUGGUUCUGGCUAUAUCUAUCACUGGUAUCGGUAUAGUGUUUACAAUAAUCUUUCACGUCGGCGUUAAUGAAAAGCCAAUCAAGAUUGAAAGACCUCCCGCUAUUAUGGGCACAGCUGCCGUCACUUUGAAAAGCCAGUGGCUCGGAUGGUUUUACAACUGGCAUUUCUACCGGGUGGGAGUCUUGUACACUGCUGCCCGUCUAGCUCACAAUACUUCUAUAGUUUUCGUGCCACUUUACCUGCAAGAGACUAAACAAUCGGCAGAGAUGUUGGCUUUGAUUCCUUUGGUGAUGAACGUCGCUGGGCUGAUCGGUUCCGGCUUACUCAAAAUCACCAUCAAAUUGUACGGCAAAAAAGCCUCCUACGGAAUGGCUUCACUUAUGGGGUUGAUUAGUUGCAUCUGGCUAGUCAUUGACAUCAAUUUAUCUGAGAAUGCUAGUGCACUGGACCCUUCGUUGGGUCCACCUUCUUCGGACAACGCGCAAUUCUAUCUGCUGGCCUCGAUGAUGGGCGGCGGGGCCGCCAUGGUUGUUAUCUUGUCCCUGACGUCCGCAGCCGACCUCAUCGACAGCAAUACGGAAACGUCCGCAUUCGUUUACGGUUGCAUGAGCUUCUGCGACAAAAUGUCUAGCGGCAUUAUGGUCGCCGUGAUUCAGGGAUUGCACAGUUGGGUUUGCCAAGACGGCUGUACUUACUUCUACGCCCAAGUGCUCAUCUACGGCGUGGGCAUUCCGUUUAUCUUUGUCAUAAUAUCGAGCUUGCUAGGCCCCAAAUCUCAGGGUAACCACGUCGAAGCGAAAGACGUCAAGAACUAUGGAACAUGUCGAACUGAAGAGACGACGUCAUUGAUCGAAUACGUCCACUAAUUUCCGUUUAGAAGAAUAUUUAAAUUCAAAUCUAAUUUACCUAAUAUCGAGUUAUUGAUUGAUCCACUGUGUUUGCGAAAUCUGAAUAAAUGUUCGUACUUGUUGAG